AAACUGGCAAGCCGUUGUAGUUAGCAGCAGCACGGCGAAUGUUACUUUGAAUAUCCACUCAUUGAAUGAAAGUCAGGGGCAGGCUGUGGCCAAUUGCUGCAAACAUACCAAGGUUUUCUUACAGGGUGGCUUGUGGACGAUUGGCGACACUGUGCGAGCAUUAGUGCGACUGGUACACCCCGACAGAAAGAGGUUAAAGGCGGUUGUGGAAGGGAAAGGAGCAGGGGGAAGACUGCGCGGCGUGUGAAGCAAUGCAGCGGGUCACGGCGCAGCUCGUCGCCGGGCUGCUGGCAGCGGUGCUGUCUCUGCUGUCCGAGCAGUGCUGGGCAGACGGCGGGGGCCCCAGCCUCGCAGAGCGGGUUAUCUGGGCUGUGAACGCCGGGGGAGACUCGCAUGUGGAUGUGCACGGUAUUCAUUUCAAGAAGGACCCUUUGGAAGGGAAAAUUGGCAAAGCAUCUGAUUACGGGGUGCGUCUGCCAAUCCUACGCUCCAGUCCCGAGGACCAGAUUCUCUACCAGACGGAGCGGUACAAUGAAGACACUUUCGGGUAUGAUGUCCCCAUUCGUGACGACGGAGACUAUAUACUAGUCAUGAAAUAUGCAGAGGUUUACUUUGCACAGUCACAGCAAAAGGUGUUUGACGUCCGCGUAAACGGCCACACAGUGGUUAAGGACCUGGACAUCUUUGACCGAGUGGGCCACAGUACCGCUCACGAUGAGAUAGUGCAAUUCUCUAUUAAAAAAGGCAAGCUAAGCGUGCAAGGCGAGGUGUCCACCUUCAACGGCAAGCUCACGGUGGAGUUCGUAAAGGGUUACUAUGACAACCCCAAGGUCUGCGCGCUCUACGUCAUGAAGGGGACUUUAGAAGAUGUACCGAAGCUUCAACCUCACCCCGGCCUGGAGAAGCACGAGGAUGACGAGGAAGAGGAGGAGGAAAGCGAAGCAGGCGAGGAAGGCGGGAAGAAAAAGGUCCAGCCGGGCUCCAAGUACAGGGUCCAGUCGGGCCCCCGGACGCCGAACCCUUACGCAGCCGACAACAGCAGCCUAAUGUUCCCCAUCCUGGUGGCGUUCGGAGUCUUCAUCCCCACGCUGUUCUGCCUCUGCCGGCUGUGAGCUGAAACUAACCGAGGGAGGGGGGGCAGAGACGCCAGCAGGCAGAGCAUGAAGAGAGAGAGGAGGGGGGAGGAUGGAGAGGAGGUCACCGUGACAACAGCAGCACAGGUACAAGCAUCCACACAGGAGAGGGAGCCAAAGGCCGGAGGAAAAUCAUGACGGAGGACGAGAAAAAAGAAAAAAAAACAGACAAGUUAUCGGAAAGCCACUGCCAGACGAAGCGAAGCGCUGCUUUAUUAGGAAAAUGACAAAAAACAUGUGGGAAGUGUAUUCUGCUCGCUUCUUCGAAUGUGUUUCGCAUUCACCUCUGCUGACACUUUUUUUUUUCUUUUUGAACUAUCUUAGUCAUUUCCAUUAAAAAAAAAAAAAAAAAAACAAAACAAAAAAAAAAAACAAGAAACCGGCUGGGCAGGAUUUCCAGAAGUCCUGCCCGUCAUGCAAGAAGCCACAGCUCUGCAGCUCAGAGAUGCUCAGGAGCGAUUUGGGUCUGGGCCAGUUUUCGUACGGGGCGCGGCACGGGAGCGCGCGCUCCCUCACAACUCCUGCUCAGCAUCCGGUAAGAUGCGUUCGGCUCAAAUUGAAAACGGUGCUGCUUGGAAAUUGGGUAUCUAGAAUAGAAAGUGUGAGUGAGACGGUGUGUGUGUGUGUUUUUUUUUUUUUUUUUUUUUUUUUUUUUUUCAGAUCUAGCUGGCCUUCUGUCAUCUACCUGCCAUACGUCGCUGAAAGACGGAGGGAGUUACGCUUGAACCAGCUCCGUAGCUGGCACUUUGUUUGCUGUCCUUUCCUCGACAACACAUUUUAUUGCGGUGCGUUAAAACAAAACCGUCUUUGGAGUCUUUUUCACCCAGAUUCUGAUUUGUAGUUGUUAGAAAUACCCAACGCAUUUUAAGUUGAUUACCGCUCCGAACGUGGAUCCGUCAGGACUUUGUCAUUGUUCAGAGACAAAGUUUAUGCUGUGAAAUGCUGAAGUAUCCAUAAAGGUCAAACAGGUGCAGCUCAAUAAAUUAGAUAACCAUGGAAAACAUGUAGUUCAGAAAUUUGGUUCUAAAAGUGAAACUCUUGUAGAUUCUUUAAAAAAAUAAAAUAAAAAUAAAAUAUAUAUAUAUAUAUAUAUAUAUAAAUAAAUAUUAUGGCUUACAGCUAAUAUCCCAACAUUUCAAAAAACAUAUUUAAUACAGAAAUGUUGAAAAAUAUCUCCAUCGCCACAUCUUGCCAAUCGAGUACAGAAACUAGGAUCAAUAAAGCAGAUGUUAUUGUUCUAGAAAAUAAAAUGUGCAUCUUAAAUAUUGUCACUUUCCUAAAACAAUGAUCCAAGUCAGUUUUUUAACUAAAGAUAAUGUAGGCAAAAGAAAAAUUUAUACUUUUGACAAAAGGCUUUGACCAUUAUUUCAGGAAGGUGACGAUGUGCUGUCAGAUGAUAUACUGAUGUUAGACUAGAUUUAAGAAAAUAAUAAUAAUACUGAUAAUACCUGAACGACACUAACAGAUGAAAUGGCUUUCCAAAUCAAAACGGGACUCCUGAAGCAUCCUGAAUCUUCUCCAAACUCUUAUAGCUGAAGCUGUCCGUGUCAUUAGUUCAUCCUUUCCUACCACACUUUUUCCUUCCACUCAAUUUUUCAUUAAUGUGAACUCAGACCAGCUUUCUUCAUGAUUGUAUAAGCCAAAAUGAUGUUUCUAUAAUAAAUAAAUUUUGUUAUGCGGUUUUCAUUAGCUAUAAGCUAUAAUGGAAGCUUGAAAUACUUCACUCUAUAGUGGAUCUACAUAGAGGUUUUUAGUUUUAGAUCCAAAUUACAUUUAUUAAAUAAUAAAACCUUUUGUUUAUUGUGUUGCACCAGUACAGCCUUUUUUUAAUGUUUUAUCCAUACAUUUAUUUACUUGGCAUGCAUGCCUCUGUUUCACCAAAGACUUUAUGCUUUUUCCUCUUCAGCAGACGGAGGAGCUGGCCCGUCUAAUCUCAAUGAGCGGCUUUCUUCAAAUUGCCAACAAUACUCACAGAGAGCGCCGUUCAUCUAAACUUAAUCAGACGGCAGAUUAAAGUUUAACAUUUUUCCAACCUCUUCCAGGUAGUGAAUUUUAUUUCAUCUUUAUAAAUCGAGGGUUUCCUCUCUGUGCCAUGGACCUGUCAGCUCCUCUGUCUACAACGAGGCCAUCUCCAUGUUUUAAGCGUUUUGUUUUCCGUGCCAAUCGGCGCGCGCACGUUCCACGCGUCCUGCAGGUUUCCCUCGUUUGCACCACAGCUCUGUUCGGCAGAGUGAGAAAGCACAACAAUUAGAAGUAUCUGAUGUCUACCAACUUGCUACACUCGUUUUCCUUUUGGCCUUUUCAAGCUGUGUUGUCUUAAGCGUUUUUUUAUUUUUCUUUUCUUUCCUGUAUGAGUUUGUUCUGAAAGUCUGGUUUGAUCAGUCUUAGUUUUUUGGAUGACUGUGCGCUGUGCCCCGUACGUGGAGUGAAAUGCGGCGCUGUUCCUCGUUUUCUUUUUUUUCUUUUUUCUUUUUUUUAUUUUGGUCGAGUCCUCGUGAACCCUCCUGUUCAUGGAUCUAGUUACCUCUCUCAAGUGCUUUUGCUCUUACUCCAAGGAUGACUUUGAAACUUUGCCUCCUCCCUUCAGCGUUCCUUCCCUCAGCCUUUCCCUCUCCAGCAUAUCAAAGUACUUUUGUAUACUGGAGUACUCACUUUUACGUAAAAGUACCGUUUACGAUAACCUACUGUAAAUGGUACUUCAGGUGGGAAAGAAAAACAAAAAUCAGAUGAUGGGGAUCCUUCCACCAUCUUUGAUUCUCCUCUCCCUUUAUUUUUUAAUUUUGUUAUACGGUUUUAAAGAAGUUUUGUGCCAGAAACUGUUGGGUCAGUCGUUUUUGCAGUUCUGCCUCGGCUGUUUUUCUCUUCCCUGAUUGAAAUCAGAAGCAGCUUUUCUUUCAUCUGUAAAGAGGCCAAGCGUUCGAUUAGUUCAGCACCAAAGUCUCUAUUGUCCUCCUGUUCGUCUACACGGUUGCGUGUGUAAAUAUGCGGUACGGAAACCGGUUUUGGUCUCGUCGUCGUCUUUGGGGGUCUCCUGUCGUCGUUGUAGCUGAGGUGUUCGUUCGGGUGUUUAAAUUUGUGGCCUUUCAUUCUGGGCGGGGGGAGGAGCGCUCGUUGGUACAUAGCGUAACAGGGAGGGAUAAAAUGACAAAAAGUCGCAUUAAGUGGCUGUUUAGAAAAUUUAAGAUGUCAGGAUAAUGUGGGAUCUAAUUUAAAUCGGAGCGGGGCUGACUCGGAGAUGUUUUUUUAUUAUGCCUGGAUUUGUUCGAUUUUUUUUUUUUUUUCUUUUUUUUUUUCUUUCUUCCUCAGGAUCUGUUUUGAGUUUGUGAAACAUAUUUUAUUGGUGUGACAUUUUUGCACUGCCUCAUGUAAUUGUUUUUUUUUUUUGUUUGUUUUUUUCUUUUCGUUGCCUUGAAUUAUUGAAUACAUCGUGCUUUACCAUCGUUCGCCUUGAGAUUGCUCUUUUGUUCGUUGUGCAAGAACAUCCUGGCUGCUUUGUCGUCGAACAGUUUUCAGGGAUUUCUCAUUCCGCGUGUUAAGAAGCAGAUCAGCAGAAUUAUUACACCUAAAGACUCACUGACCUCAAUUUUACAAAGGAGCAAAGCCAGUCAAAAAAAAAAGAAAAAAGAAAAUCCAUCCCACUCUUGAUUUCUAGGACCUGUUGUUGUUUGUCUAUCUCAGCUGAAUGAACUAGACUGGAGUUUGUUUUUGUCUUUUUCUUUUUCUUGCCACACAGGAACCAAAGAAAUGUCAUCAUUCCAUCUAAUUUCUUUUAUACAGUCACGCAAGAUUGAUUUCAAUUAGAGAUGCACCGCUCUGGAUUUUACUUGCUGAUUUCAACAUUUCCUAAUAGGUUGUUUUUUGGGGGGUUUUCUGCACCACAGGAAGGAGAAAAAAAUUACUCCAACGGAAAAUAUAAUUUAUGCAUCAAAGGACAGAUUCCUAUUUUUUUUUUUUUAUUAAGCUCAAAAACAGCAUGUUAUUUGAUGCCUCCAUUUAGUCUACCAUUUGUAAACUGGUUUCAGUUCCUAGUUUUUCUGCAUUUAAUAAAUGGGAGGAAAACCAAAUUUGUUGAUUGGAGGGAAAAAUCAGCCGAUUCCCUGAUGAACCAAUCGGUGCAUCUCUACUUCAAAUGUUUUUUUUCUUUCAUCUCACCUGAUGAGUUGAUCGAAAAAUGUCCUCAGAUUUUUUUUUUUUUUGAAAACCUCGUUUCUCCUCCUUGACUUAAAAAAAAAAAAAAAAUCCAGAACUCAUGUUGGUAAUAACAAAUGUUCACUGGCGUCUUUGCUUUCAUCCUCCAAUCCACCCAGAUUAGCUGAAUGAAUUGGACUCAUACACAGUGAGACGCGGCUGAAGAGCAGAACGGCUCGCUCAUCAGUCGUACCAUCAGCCAGGUCUGCUGCCGGUCACGCGGUGCGAUUGUGUGAGAGAAUGAGAUUGUUUUGCUACAUACUGUAGAUACACAUGUCGGAGAAACGUCCGAGAAGGCGGCAGCAGCAGGUGGACUGAAAAUAUUUGUAAGACCUCUGAUCUUGUGACGCAGAUGUGGCAUAUUUCAAGAUGCAAGAUGGGGGAAAAUUGCUGAUUUAUGCUGUAUCUUUUUAAUAAAUGUGCUAUUUUUAUCAGAA